AUGCACAGCGCGUCGCCGCAACACAUGCAGCAGCAGCGCGGUCUGAAGCACAGCACGUCCCGCACGUCGCUCGACAGCGCGGACGACGACCGGCCGCCCGGCGCGAACGGCGUGGGCGGCGCGGAAAUGGUGACGGUGAAGCUGGCCAAGUCCGACUGGCUAGAGAUAGUUAACGCGCUCGAGUCGGCUUCCAGCAGGUGCGAGAACUGCGGGGAGACUUCACCGUCCGCGCCCUCCGCCGUCUCGCUGCCCGCCACGCAGCGCCUCUUCGCGCAGCUCAAGGCGCGCAGCAACGGCCCGCCCGGCGGCGGCGCGAACGAAGACGUGCUCGGGCCGCUCUCGGCGCUGCGCUCGCAGUCGUCGCGCGAGGGUAUCGGCAUCGGCGGCGGCGUGGGCGGCGCGGCCGCCAGCUCGACCGGCUCGCCGUACGGACUGACGUCCAGCGACAGCGCGUCGACGUCGUCCCGGCGGCGCUCGCUGAACCUUCCGCGCGCGCGCGAGCUCGACGCGGAUCUGCCGUCCAGCGGCCCGCUCGGCCACAUCCAGCCGCGCGACGUGUUCGGCGCCGCCGGAAAUCACGGCGCGGGUUGCGGGCUGAACUGCCACGCGGACGCGCACGGCAUGCACGGAGCGCACUCGGAGCUCGGACCCAUGGCGUGCCCGCACCUCGCGGCGAUGGGCAGCAACGCGGGGGCCUUCGGGGGGUCGUCGUUCGGGGCGCGAAGCAUCCAGCAAGCUUCCGCCAUGGCUCCCACCGCUUACAGCUGCGUCGAGUCGAUGAUCGGCGGCGGCGGCGGGGGCGGCGGCAUGGGCGGCGGGUUCGGCGGAGGCGUAGGGAUGGAUAGAUUCGGCGGAGUUUCCGCUUCCGCCAUGGUGGCGGCGGCGGGAGUGAGCGCGGGCGGAAGCAGCGGGUUUUCAAACGCGGGGUUCUCGAUGGGGGGAUUCUCGAACGCGGGGUUUUCGAAUGCGGGGAUGUCGGGCGUGGGGCGCAUGGGCGUGAGCCCGUCGGAGAUCCUCAACCGCAAACUGCUGACCAUCAUCACCAAGGCGCACGACCUCUUCUCCAAAGACCAGUCGCCUAACGGCAGCAAGGUGGGCGACUACCUGCUGGCGCAGCUGCUGGAUCUCACCAAGUCCAAGUUCGGAUUCGUCGCCAGCGCGCUCAAGAAACCCGAGGGGACCUACUACCUCAAGACGCACAGCAUCACCAACUUCGCGUGGACGAGGGAGCUGCAGCUGUGGUACGCGGAGAGUGCCCCGUCUGGUCUGGUGUUCUUCGGCCGUGUCACGCACGGCAUAACCAAUUUUGCAUGGACGCGCGAGCUGCGGCUGUGGUACGCGGAGAACGCCCCGUCCGGGCUGGUGUUCUCCAACAUGGACACGCUGUUCGGCCGCGUCGUCACCACAGCCGACGUCGUCAUUUCCAACGACGUCCCCAACGAUCCAAGGGCAGUGGGCGUGCCGCCCGGCCACCAGCGUGUGUCCACCUUUCUGGGGGUGCCUCUCUUCGCGGGUGCGGAGCUGGUGGGCAUGUUUGCGGUGGCGAAUCGCAAGGAGGGGUACGAGGAGACGCUGCUCAUGGAGAUCCAGCCCAUGACCAAAACUGUCGCGCAGAUCGUCGGUGCGCUGCAGGAGAGACGGCGCGAGCGCGAGGAGCAGGAGCGGCUGAGAGCGAUGCUGAAGGGCACGGGGGAUGCGAUCCUGGGCGUGGAUGACAUGGGCGGGAUCAGCGCGCUGAACCGCGCCGCCAGGCUGCUGUUUGGCUUCACCGACACCGAGGGGCUGGGCGACAGCAGUGGCCGGGCGUUUGGGCAGGCCGAGGUGCUGCCGGAGAAUCUGCACGUCGCGGAUCUGUUCAUUAGUGUGGACGGCCGAGAUGACUUCGCCGACCAGGGUCUGGAGGUGUUUGUGUGUGACGGCCUCAGGAUGCCCGCCAUUGGUAGGCGCAUUCUGGGCGGCACACUGCUGCUGGAGAUGAUGUUGUCACGCGGCAGCAACCCCGACGUGGCGUAUGUCAUCACGGCACGGGAGCUCAAGAACAGUGGUCUGGGCGGCACGCCUACGAUUGGCUCGGGCAGCAACAGCCUUGCGAGAACGGGCAGCAAGGGAGGGCCCACGUUCUUUGAGCCUGCGAAUAUGCCCGGAGGAGAUGAGUGA